GAUUGACACCUGCUGCCACGCGUAAAUUGCGUCUUCUUUCCGUGCCAAAACUAGGAAGAGAUUUUUUUUCUGUCUCUUCUCUUCACCGGGGAACAUAGAUUUCCCAACCACAAGUGCAGCUUCGACCAUCAGCCGCCAACAUGGCGCAAGCAAGGAUCGUCAUCGGCUUGGACUUCGGCACGACCUUCUCGGGGGUUGCCUACAGUGAUAAGCCCGACGCGCCCGUCGAGCAGAUCAACGUCGUGCAGACCUGGAAAGGCGCUGGCUCUAUCACGAGCAAGGAGAAGGUGCCCUCGAGAAUCGCCUAUCUUCCGCCACCUCCUGGACAGAGCGGAGUUCGGGUGGUUUGGGGUGACGAGAUUAAGCCCCACCAGCACAAAGUGCCCAUCCAUGCCUGCAUGAAACUCCGCCUCGACGACAAGCACAAGUUGUCCCCCGAGCUGAAGGAGCUCAUGACGCUUCUCUCGGCCGAUGUCAGCGAGAUCGACAAAGAUAUCAACCAGACUCACCCUCAUUGGCGGCACCGUGGUCGUCAGCAGGCCCCUCCAGCCUACCCUGGCAAAAACGUGGUGGAAAUCAUCACAGACCUCCUUUCUGAAAUCCGCGUCAAGACCUACGACGAGCUCAAAGAGCGCUAUGGCGACGCUGUGUUUGCCAGCAUGCGAAAGGAGCUUAUGGUAACUGUUCCAGCUGUCUGGAGCGAGCGCGCCAAAGGCCUAACUCUUCAGGCUGUCGUGGGUGCUGGCUGGGCAGCCGACAAAAUCUCGACAGUCACUGAGCCGGAGGCAGCCGCGACUUACACGUUGCGUAGCAUGAUCGAGAGCUCCAGCAAGGUCGAGAUUGACAUUGGCAAUACGUUUGUGCUUUGCGAUGCCGGCGGUGGCACCGUGGAUCUUAUCUCGUACAAAAUCACUCAUAUCGAACCCCGAUUCCACGUCGAAGAGGCGGCAGUUGGCCAUGGAGAGAAGUGCGGCGCCUCCUUCAUCGAUAAAGAAUUCUUGUCCUGGCUCCAAAAGUGGAUUGGAGCCACCCGGUUUAACCAAAUCCCCUUCGACAAGAAACGUCACGGCAGUCGGAUGAUGAAAGACUUUGAAGCGAACAAGCUCGGUUUCGAUGGGACCGAUGAGGGCAUGGCGAUCCGCCUCCCAAGCGAGUGUGGUAUACUUGAUGACUCCCGCCUUCAGAUGGAAGACGGAACGCUCUUCAUGACCGGCAAUCAGAUGAAGCAGGUUUUCAAGCCAUGCGUCGACCGCGUUCUCAAGCUCAUCACAUCCCAGGUCGACGCGGUCCUCGGCGCCGGCCAUCAAAAGCCAAAGAUGGUGUUCCUUGUUGGUGGCUUCGGAAAGAACGACUACCUCUACAAGAUGAUCGAGAAAUUCUGCUUGCGUCGCCGGAUCCAGAUCCGGCGACCCCACAACCCGUGGUCGGCGAUCGCGCGCGGUGCUGUCUGCCGUGGUCUCGAGCUCGAUUCUUCCUCCAUUGUGGCAGUGAGACUGUCCCGCGGAUUCUUCGGAGUGGGCCUCGGCGAACGGUUUGACGCGUCCAAGCACAGCGAACUCUCUGCCUACAUCUGCCCCUACACCAGCGCGAAGAUGGCCUCCGGCCAGAUGUCGUGGCUACUGAAGAAGUCGGAGCGCUUGCCCCAGUCAAACCCAAAGGUGAUCAAGAUUGCGGCAUGUACCAAAUUCUUCACGGCAGGCGAUGCUCGAACAUCGGCGAAACUCGUGACUUGCAGCGAGGAUGUCGCACCGACGGACUCUAGGCACCACGAUGUGUAUCCCGUCUGCACUGUUCACGCAGACAUGACCAACGUCCCUAUAGAGACAUUCGAGAAGGAGAUGAACUUCCUUACGGGUGUCUCAUACUACGAGGCCACAUUUGAGCUUGAAGCUCAGUUCCAGGGAGGCAACAUCACCUGGCGUUGCUUGUACCAGGGUCAGGAGGUUGGAUCGACCACUGUUACCUAUGACUUCUAAGAUGGAAGCCUACAUGUCUCUAUCGUGGCUCAUGACGGGUAACUUUUGCCCCUUGAGCAAGACAUCUGGUUUGUCUAAGAAGUUAAAGAGGGCCCAAAGGUGUUGCGGAGGUGGGCUUAGCUCUGGCGCCCUCGAUGUUGCUUUUCUCUAGCCUUGUUGCGUUUUCUUAUCGUCGAGAACACGGUCGGGGACAGCAGCGCCCAUGCUGCAAAUGGCGCGCAAGCGCCAUGUCGCGACCAAGCUCGAGGGAUUAGGGAAUUGUUCGUUCGUUGGGCGCCCAGCGACCUCCCGCGGGACUGGGCGCUUUUUUUGCGGGUGAAAGGGGAGAGCUGUAUUCGCGACGGGGUUUUACAAUGCCAGCUGGGCAGUUGUGAAGCCAUACUGUAUAGGGCCCUUCGCGGAGCAAGCAGGAGUAGGUAGUUAGGUAAAGCAUUCAAAAUGCAGGAAAAUUGGUGAGCCAUUGGAGAAUAGAAAGUGAUGCGAGG